AUGAGGAAGUUCUGCCACCAACACGAACAACUGAGAGCUGUCAUUGUCACAGUCCUGAGGCCACAGGUGGACGACCUACUGAGGAAAAAAAUAGACCUGGAAGUCCGUUCCUUGGAAACCUGCAUGUACAAGACAUUCUCUGAAAUCUUGAACAGAGUGCAGAAAGCAGUGGAUAACCUAAACCUGCACUCCUACUCCAAUCUGCCCAUCUGGGUCAACAAGCUGGACAUGGAGAUUGGAAGGAUUCUGGGGGUCCACCUGCAAGCUGGCCUUCGAGAUUGGACCCAGGUUCUUCUUGGACAAGCUGAAAAUAAAGCAGAAGUCGACAUGGGAUAUAGACGCUCCACAAAGUGCCGCUGGACCGCCCGGCAGGGAAAGGGGCGGGGGGGUCCCCUGCAGCCUCCCAUGGUCCUGCCCCCUGGAUCGGCGGCUCUUGACAUCAUGGGCAGGGAGGCGGGCUCGGGAGAGGGCGGCGGGGAGGAGGCUCGGUGGCCCGGAGGGCGGAGGACGCUGCGCAGUCCCAGCCCGGAGCUUCAAAACAGCCGGCGCCUCGCCCCACGCGCAGCCCGCCACUGUGUCCAGACGCCUGCGCUCGGUAGCGUCGCAGUUGAUGGUCUCAUUGAGGGCUGUAAGACCUAGCCCUUGCCUCAAGAUCCUCUUUGGCAGUGUUUUCUCGAAAGCUCACAGUCCGUUCACCCCGGAGUCACUGUGCACCCUCCUCCCUCAACCGGUCUUGAUGGGGCCAAAUUGCACUGUUGCUCUAAAGCAAACACUUCAAUCUGUAGGGAACUGUGCAUGAAACUUUAUAGCAUGAGCUGGGGAAAUGCACAGAGCUGGCAAGAGUUUGACCGCAUCUGUGAAUAUAAUCCGGUGGAGGUAUCCAUGUUGACAUGUCUAGCUGAUGUCCGGGAACCUUGCCAGUUGGGCUGUACGAACCUUACCUACUGUACGAACUUUAACAACAGGCCAACAGAACUGUUCAGGAGCUGCACCGUUCAGUCUGACCAGGGGGCCAUGAGUGACAUGAAGCUGUGGGAGAAGGGAAUCAUAAAGAUGCCCUUCAUCAGCAUCCCUGUCCUGGAUAUUAAAACCUGCCAGCCAGAGAUGUGGAAAGCAGUCGCAUGCUCCCUGCAGAUUAAGCCCUGCCAUAGCAAAUCCCAAGGAAGUAUCAUCUGCAAAUCAGAUUGUGUAGAGAUUCUUAAGAAAUGUGGAGACCAGAAUAAAUUCCCUGAAGACCACACAGCUGAAAGUAUCUGUGAGUUUCUGUCCCCUGCAGACGACCUGGAGAACUGUAUACCUCUGGAUACGUACCUCAGGCCAAGUGCUUUAGGUAACAUCAUAGAAGAAGUAACUCAUCCCUGUAAUCCAAAUCCUUGCCCAGCCAAUGAGCUCUGUGAAGUGAACCGAAAGGGGUGUCCGUCUGGAGAUCCCUGUCUUCCGUAUUCCUGUGUUCAAGGCUGCAAACUGGGAGAAGCUUCUGACUUCAUUGUCUGCCAGGGGACACUGAUCCAGGUGCCAUCCUCUGCAGGGGAAGUUGGUUGUUACAAGAUCUGUUCCUGUGGACAAAGUGGCCUCUUGGAAAACUGUAUGGAAAUGCACUGUAUUGACCUCCAGAAGUCUUGUAUUGUUGGAGGAAAAAGAAAAAGCCAUGGAACAUCCUUUACUAUUGACUGCAAUGUCUGUUCUUGUUUUGCCGGCAAUUUAGUGUGUUCCACCCGUCUGUGCCUCAGUGAGCACAGUUCAGACGAUGACCGUCGCACCUUCACAGGUCUGCCCUGUAACUGUGCAGAUCAGUUUGUCCCAGUGUGUGCACAGAAUGGACGCACUUACCCCAGUGCCUGCAUCGCUCGCUGUGUGGGUCUCCAAGACCAUCAGUUUGAGUUUGGACCUUGUAUCUCCAAGGAUCCCUGUAAUCCUAACCUCUGUCCAAAAAGCCAAAGGCUCUCGUCUUCCGGAGUGUGGCUGGCUGGCGAAGCCGAGAGGGCGGAGCUGCCCGCAGCGGCGACCACAGAGCCUGUUUGUGGGCACAAUGGUGAGACGUACAGUAGUGUGUGUGCUGCCUACUCGGAUCGUGUGGCAGUGGAUUACUAUGGGCCCUGCCAGGCUGUGGGGGUCCUCUCUGAAUACAGUGCUGUGGCCGAGUGUGCUGCUGUGAAGUGUCCUUCCCUCUCAGCUAUAGGCUGCAAACCCAUCAUUCCACCAGGGGCUUGCUGCCCACUAUGUGCUGGGAUGUUACGGGUUUUAUUUGACAAAGAAAAACUGGACACUAUUGCUAAGGUGACAGACAAGAAGCCAAUAACAGUUCUGGAGCUUCUUCAGAAGAUCCGCAUGCACGUGUCUGUGCCGCAGUGUGACGUGUUUGGAUACCUGAGCAUAGAGUCAGAAAUUGUGAUCCUGAUUAUUCCUGUGGACCAUUAUCCAAAAGCUUUGCAGAUUGAGGCCUGCAAUAAGGAGGCUGAGAAAAUCGAGUCCCUCAUCAACUCCGACAGCCCCACGCUGGCGUCCCACGUCCCGCUCUCUGCCCUCAUCAUCUCCCAAGUGCAGGUCUCCAGCAGUCUCCCGUCAUUUGCUAUUGUGAGCGGGCCUCCCAUCCACUCCUUGCUCCUCUUCCUCAGCCUGGGCAUCACCAUGCACUUGGUCCAGAUGUGUCCCUGA